AUGGGUAGAAGAGUUUUCCUUGACAUUAAAAUAGGUGAUAUCGCCAAAUAUGAAGAUGAGCUUUGUCGUUAUAACAAAGCCAAGUCUUGGGUCAAACAAUGGGCCGUCACUUACGGUUUUGCUACUGAUGAUCUGGAUGAGAUCGCUCUGGAAGACAAAGAAACUUUACGCGAUGUAUUAGCUAAUGACCCAACUGCUACAAAUGAAAAGUGGCUCGUUGAUCAACCUACACCUUUAGCAGGCGGGAAAGUAACCAUUGAGUUGAACGACAAAGAAUGCCCCAAAACUGCUGAAAAUUUCAUUUGUUUGUGUAAAGGGGGUAAGGUCGGCAAAAGCUCCAAGAAAGAAUUGUACUUCAAGAAUACAAAGAUGUUUCGCUUAGUGCAUGAUUUUGUUGUACAAGGUGGUGAUGUGACGAGAGGUAAGCGUCAACCAAACGUCAAUGACGAAAGCAUAGUUAAUAAAGAUUACUUCAUCAGGCGAUGGUUCCGGGGGAGAUAG